AUGGAGGUAACCGGCAGCGGCGGCAUGGAAGAUCUGACGGGACCAUUAAGGUCGAAUGAUGAGAGGUCCUUAUAUAUAUGUUCCACGGAUUUGAACAAUGUUAGUGUUUCUUACGCUAUCCAUUCCAUCAAAUUGAGCGAUUUGUUCUCGUCAUCAUGCUCCUGCCGCUUUGAUCCCGAUCUUCCUACUAAUCCUAAUCCCACUGCUAUUGGUGAUCCCGAUAUUCCUACUAAUCGUGGCCCUACUGCUAUUGGUGGUGAUGGUGAUAGAAGCAAAUGCCCGUGGUGCUCCAAAUGCCCAUCAUGCUCCAAAUCCCUCAAAGCCCCUGAUGAGGAGGAUUGUAGUGAAUUAAACCAUCCGUAUGAGGAGGAUUGCUGUGCAUUAAACCAUCCGGAUGAUACGACAACCAGAACCGAAUGCGCCGCUUGCUCCAAGGGCAAUAGUGAAUUAUGCUAUCGGGCUUCUCUCACCGGCGAGUUUCUUCCCGUCGAUAUGGGUUGCGGUGUCUUUGGAUCUCAAAUUGUUUUCGCCGGAGGCUUGAAAUUCAACAUCACAACAGUGCCCGAUCCCCUUAAGUGGCGAUUCGGACCAGACUCGAGUAGUGCUGUAUAUGGAUUUGAGACUCGGGAUCCGAAUCCCACAAUCAAAAUGAGUGGCAGAGAGCGUAUGUUUGGGGAAAUGUUUGGAAAAGGGAUCUGUGAUCCCCUGCUGGUGGAGGUUUCGGGGAAACUCUAUGCUCUCGCCCGUGAGACGGAAUUCUUUAGGGUUAGUACGCCUACUUACUUCCAGGUAUUCGACCCCAACUUUAAGAAAUGGUCUCCGCUUCCUGCACCUCCAAUUCUUGAAAAGGGAGACAUCACGGACUCCUCCUUUGCAAUCAUGGGUAAUUUUAUCCUUAUGUCAACUCCCAACAUCCCUGUGGUUUAUGGUUUUGACACCGAGAAUGACGCAGGAUGGAUAGAAAUUGGUACCCCUAGGUUUUUCUAUGGUCGUAGUCUCCCCUUUAAAGGAAAAGCUUUGGUCGUGCCGGAUAACAAUGGCUAUUUCUUGUUCACAUUUACAUUUGGAAGGGCGAUUAUUGUCCACUUCAUUGGGGCUGAUCAUGGUGAAGUUAUCAAAGAACUGCCUCUGCCGCAAGAUAUACCUGUUGAAUUUCGUGAACCAUAUGAACCACUUGAUCACAGUUUUAUCCAACUAGCGGGUCAAAAAGUCUGCUUGGUUAUGACCUUAUCUACGACUGAGAAGUUGCGGGUUAUGGUCUUAACCUUUGAAUUCUCACCGCCGGACAUCAAACAUGUGCAUACUCGCUAUUUUAAUUGCGAUAUCACAUCGUCUACCAUGAUUGGUGCCUUUGUUCUGUAA